AUGGGAUUCAAAGAAAGUUUUACCAAUAUCAAUAUCACCCGAAGAAAGAUCCUGCGAGAACCAAAUGCUUCCUUAAGCUUAGUAAUAAGUACUUCCAAGAUAGUUGAGAUUGAUGAGAAAUCAGGUCAAGUAGUAGCUGAAGUCGGCUCUGACAAUGAAGAGGAGCACGCCCAACCGAAAACUCUUGAAAGAGGUUUGAAAUCAAGACACGCUCAAUUGAUUGCCAUAGGUGGUGCAGUGGGUACCGGAUUAUUUGUUGGAUCGGGUGCUGUAUUAGUCACUUGUGGUCCAGCUUCACUUUUCCUUUCCUACGUCAUAAUGUCAACAGUGGUGUAUUUUGUUUUGCAAAUGUUGGCAGAAAUGACGAUUUUCUUACCCUUGCCAGGUAAUGGUCCAUUGGCGUUCAUUAAUGACUUUUUAUCACCAUCAUUUGGCUUUGCUUUAGGGUGGAAUUAUUGGUAUGCAUUCAGUGUCUUAGUUGGUGCUGAAGUUACAGCAGCAGCUGUUGUUAUUGAGUAUUGGACUACUUCAGUGAGCACAGCAGUGUGGAUCACUAUAUUAUUAGCAUUAAUCAUAUUCAUGAAUAUGACAUCAGUGAGGUUCUUUGGCGAAGCUGAGUUUUGGUUUGCUUCUUUGAAAUUGAUUGCGUUGCUUGGCUUGAUUAUCUUGAGUAUUGUGUUGUUCUUUGGUGGUGGUCCAGAUCAUGACAGGUUGGGAUUUAGAUAUUGGAAACAUUCACCUUUCAAAGAACAUUUGGCAGGUGGAUCAACAGGAAGGUUCUUGAGUUUGUGGACGGCCAUUAUAAAAUCAGGUUUCUCAUACAUUACAUCACCAGAGGUUGUGUCAACCACAAUGGGGGAAACAGUUGCCCCUAGAGCAAAUUGUGCUAAAGCUGCUCGCAGAUUCAUAUAUCGUCUAAUUUUCUUCUACGUCUUGGGGUCAUUGAGUAUUGGUGUAAUUGUCAGUUCUAAUGACAAAAAGUUGUUUGGUGGAGCAUCGGACUCAUCUGGUAGUCCCUUCACGAUAGCUAUUCAAAAUGCUGGUAUAAAAGGAUUGAAUCAUGUGAUCAAUGUGGCUAUAUUAAUUUCAGCCGAGUCAGCAGGAAACUCGUUUUUAUAUUCUGCAUCAAGAGCUUUGUUUUCUAUGGCUCAAGACGGGAAUGCUCCUGGAUUCUUUGCCAGAGUCAACCGAUUUGGUAUACCAAUUUAUAGUGUAGCUGCUUCUUCAUUAUUUGGCUUUUUAUCAUACUUGAAUGUGUCAUCAGCUUCUGCAAAUGUUUUCAGCUGGCUUUCAAACAUCUCCACUAUAUCUGGGUUUAUAGGGUGGCUUGCUAUUGGAUUUGCUUACCUUAGGUGGAGAAAAGCGAUCAAGUUCCAUGGUCUUUCAGACCGGGUCCCUUACAGAUCAUAUUUGGAACCAUUUGGUGCUUAUUAUGUUAUAUUCAUGAUGUCAAUAAUCACAAUCACCAAUGGAUACGCAGUAUUUUUUGACUUUAAGGGAGCUGAUUUUGUAGCCGCCUAUAUAACACUUCCAAUCGUGGUAGUAUUAUACUUUGGCCAUUUGUCGUAUGAUCGUUAUAUAAAGAAAAACAAGCUAUGGUUAAUCCCACUAGCAGAUAUCGACUUGACUACAAAUUUGGAUUUAAUUGAAGAAGAGGAGCAGAAUUACGAGCCACGGGUGCCAAAGAAUUUCUUGCAAAGAUUCUGGUUCUGGUUAGCCUAA